AUGAUCCAAGGCUGCGUGGGCUGUAACGAAUGGCAGAACUUCGCUGCGAUCAGGGCUGUCUACGAUUCGACAACUGAAGGAACCGUUCCUCUUCUCAGCGCUGACAACACUACCCUUCUCACUGAGAAGACGCGAAUUCUGGAGCGAUGGGCCGAGCACUUUAGAGGCGUCCUCAACUGUCCCUCCACCAUCUCCGACUCCGCCAUCGCCCGUCUGCCUCAGGUGGAGAUCAACGCCGACCUCGGUCUCCCGCCCUAUUCCCACAAAACCAUCAGGGUCAUGCAGCAGUUUUCCAUCUGGAAAACGUCCGGAUCGGACGCGAUCACUGCUGAGAUUGAAAAGCGUGGUGGACGCCAACUUCUGACAGCCCCCUUUCAGGGAAAAUUUCCUCAGGGACGCCACAAUCAUCCAUCUCAACAAGCGGAAAGGCAACCAACAGCUCUGCGACGAUCAUUGAGGCAUCUCCUUGCUGAAUAUCGCCGGGAAAAUAUUUGCUCGCAUCCUCCUCAAUUGUUUAAACAACCACCUCGAACAAGGUCUUCUGCCGGAAAGCCAGUGAGGCUUCCGACGUCAUCGUGGGACCACAGACAUGAUCUUCGCAGCCUGCCAACUUCAGGAGAAGUGCCAGGAAACGCGGACCCACCUGUACUCUACAUUUUUGGAUCUGACGAAAGCCCUAGACACGGUAAAUCACGAAGGACUGUGUAA